AUGUCUUUACGCCAUCUUGCUGUGAAUCGACGUGGCGAUGAAGCCGACGACUCGGAUAGCUCGGAUUCGAUUUCCCCGGUCAGAGUUCCACAAAGAGCCUCGACAGUGUCACCAAGUACUCGUCAAAGUAGCUUUCGUCGCUUCGCAAGACGUCGCUCCGAUUUCAAUCUAUCGUCUGCAACGAGUGAGCGAAAAAAGGAAAAAGAACGAAGAAACAGUCAAGCUAGAUACAGUGUCGAGCGAAAACGUGGAAAUUUGCGAAAAACGAACAGUGAACCAAGUGUUGAACAUGCUGCACAAAUCGAUAUCGAAGCGAUUCGCCAACUCUUGCUCACGUUGCCGAAAUUUUCUGCAUCUAGCACAUUAAACCCUCUUUCAAAUCCUGUCUCAGAUGCAGAAGAGAUCAAUACGGAAAUUGAAGAGCUCAGAGACGCCGCGAAAAGUAUUCAAAGUUUGCAACGAGUUUUGAAAGGGAGUGGGAAAACAGCGAUUGAUAGAACUGGAAGUCAAUCGGAGAAUGAUUCAUCGACGGUGGCUGAGAGUGCGUCGGAAGGGAGAGUGUCGGGGAUAUCGACUAGAGGACAUCCUAGAGGAGUCAUGCAAUUCCUCUCAUCGAUUAGACAAGAUCGUUUGCCUGAUGGUAUUGAAAUGAGGAGAGGCUUCUCACGAAAAGGCAGCGCUCCUGAAGCUUUUCCAACGAUGGAUGUACUCAGACCGAUCAGGAAAGGAGACAAAUCACCCAGAUCUACUAGAAGACGUGCUGUGUGUGAAGAACUUUAUCCAGCUGGAGAUUUGCUUGAAAAGGGCUCAACCGCUCUAGCAGAAGUCAGUCGAUUCAGUCGACUAUUGGACAGUUUGAGAAUGGACGGACGAGGACAACAAGAAGAACGAGAAAAGACCGAAACUGAGCAUCCGUCGAUUUCUUGGAGCCCGUACUUGUUAGCCCCGCCAGACGGUGAGCAAAGCGAGCCAGGACUCAAUCCAGAGGAUUCUCUUAUGGAGGCCGAUCUCUUGCUUUGGAAGAAAAGGAGCCGAGCUUCUUUGCGCAGACACAACAGCAUGCGCACGCUGGCCGCUCGAGAGCUCUUUGACACCGAGAAAUCUUUCGUUGAGGGUUUAGAAUAUUUAGUACAAAAAUACAUGCGUCCCCUUCGCCGACCAUUGGAGAUCACGCUGAUCGAGGCGGGCCUAGUGGACAAGAUAUUCUAUAAAAUUCCCGAGAUUUUAGCACAUCAUCAGGUUUUAUUAUCUUCACUGUCGAAUCGAUUAGAAUCCUGGCAUGCCGAGUCGUCUGUGGGUGAUGUGCUUUUGGUUCAUUUUUCGAAACAAUCGAUGAUUGAAACGUACAUCUCCUUUGUCGACAAUUUCAAAUAUGCUAAAGCCGCCCUCGCACAAGCUCGACAAAAGCCGGCUUUCGAGAAAUAUUAUCAACGUUGCUGUCGGGAUCAUCGAAAUAAACUCGAUUUGGAUGCGUUGUUGAUCUCACCAAUUCAACGAGUGCCCCGAUACGAAUUGAUUUUGAAUCAACUCUUGAAGCACACCUCGAUUGAGCAUGCCGAUCACGAAAAGAUGCUGCGAGCGCAGCGACAUAUUCAUCAAUUGGCGGUAGCGAUCAAUCGACAGCAACAACAAAACGAGCAGGCUGAGCAACGAUUGAGAGAGAUUGAGGCGAUCGUUGAUGGACUUGAAGAUUUAGUAACCACUGGUCGAACUCUUCUUCGCUACGAUAUGGUGACGAUGAAAGGCAGGGAUGGUCAUCGACAAAGAUGCGUGUUCACAUGCAGCGAUCAGCUGAUUGUCACUUCGGUUCGGCGAAAAGAUCACCGGCUUGGUAGAAGGCCAAUUAUUCAAUCCUCUGAUUUUCUCGACUCAAAUCGUUUCAAGUUACUCAUCAAAAUCUCGCUAACUGAUGUGGAAAUCGGGAAAGUAAUCUUAAUCUCAAAG